AUUUCUUUAAAAAAAUGGAAAAUAAAGUAAAAUUGAGCACAUAGGAUGGAGUUAUUAUUGAAGUAAUUGAUAGUUUAAAAAUAGGUUGAUAAAGAGGUAGCAUGUAAAUCUCAUUUAAUCAACACCAUUAUUGAUGAUACAGGUAGUGAAGAAGAAAUUCCAUUACCUAAUGUUAAAAGCAGUAUCUUAAAGAAGGUGAUUUAAUACUGUGAUUUGCAUAGAAAUGAUAAUCCCCCUGAAAUCGAAAAGCCUUUGAGAAGCAAUAAUUUGUAUGAUUAUUUUUGAUUUUUUAGAUCUGAUUGUGUAGAGCAAAAAGAUGCUGAUUUCAUUGAUAUACCUAAUUUAGAAGAAUUAUUUGAUAUUAUUUUAGCUGCCAAUUACUUGGAUAUUAAAUCUCUAUUAGAUCUGUCUUGUGCUAAAGUUGCUACAUAUAUUAAAGGUAUUAAUAUAAUCCAUGUUUUAAGGCAAAACUCCUGAAGAAAUUAGAAAAACAUUUAACAUUCAAAAUGAUUUAACAUAAGAGGAAGAAUAAUAAAUUAGAGAAGAAAAUAAAUGGGCAGAAGAAACUAGUUGAGCAGUUCUUCAUAAAAUUUAAAAAACAUAUUAUUAUUCUUAAUAGAAAUAGA